UACCGCGAGAAGGUACGAGAUAUGUUCUAUCAUGCCUACAACGGCUAUCUCAACCACGCCUUCCCGCUCGACGAGUUGAUGCCGAUCACUUGCAAAGGGCAGGAUACAUGGGGUUCAUUUUCACUUUCUCUAGUCGAUGCUUUGGAUACUCUGAUUGUUAUGGGUAACACAACAGAGUUCAAGCGUGCCGUUGAUCUCGUAUUGAAGUCGGUGAGAACCGACGCAAAUGUGAAUGUAUCUGUUUUUGAAACGAAUAUCCGGGUUGUAGGAGGGCUGCUCUCAGCCCAUAUGCUUAGCGGCAGAGUUGAAGGUAUGUUAUUGGAAGACGGUUGGCCCUGUUCUGGACCUUUAUUAAGGCUGGCGGAAGCUAUGGCUGCCAGACUAUUACCAGCCUUCAAUACAGGUAAGAGCCGCUUUGAUCUAGAAACUGGCAUGCCGUAUGGAACUGUGAAUCUCAAGUAUGGGGUACCGAAACGUGAAACACCCAUCACUUGUACUGCUGGAGUGUCGACUUUUAUUGUCGUGUUUUUUGUAGAGUUUGGCACACUAUCUCGCCUCACUGGUGAUCCGCAAUUUGAGAGGGUUGCACUUCGGGCGCUGGAAGCUCUUUGGCGCACUCGAUCUUCUAUAGGGCUAGUGGGCAACCAUAUCAAUGUUCGUACAGGGCAAUGGACAGCUACGGAUACUGGUAUCGGUGCAGGAGUGGAUUCUUACUUCGAAUACCUCGUGAAAGGUGCUCUUCUUUUGCAGCGGCCUGCGUUGAUGGAGCAGUUCAGAGGUAACUAGCU